UCAAAAAAGGAAAUUAUAAACGAUACCCAAAAUCUAUAAAAUAACCCUAAACCAUGAUCAAGCUUAAUCACUCACAAUUCUUUUCUCACUCUGCGUAAACUCUCGAAGAAGCUUUUGUUUUGUUUUUGCCAUGGAUUCUCUUUCUUCUUCUUCUACUUCGACAAAGAUGAAGAACAACAACAAGCUCUCUGUCAGAAACCAAACCCGUUUCAAGAAAUCGUUCUUGUUGUUAAGAGAGAAGACCAUUCUCAAGAAAGCGUUAGAGCUCUCUAUUCUCUGCGAAAACGAAAUAUGUGUCAUCCAUUACGAUCGUGAAGGAAAUCUCGUCAACGCUUAUCCCGAGGAUCAGUGCCAAGUAAAAGACAUUCUCCAGAGGUAUAACAGAUUAAGCGACAGAGAAAAAGUCAAGAAAAACACAAAUCUUUCGCAGUUCUAUAACAAGAAACUCGUUGACGAGAAGAGGAGAUCUCUUACCGACGCAGAGGAACGCAAAAGGUUCACAAAGAAAGUUGGAGCGUUCAAGGGUUCCUUGGAGGAUAAGUUACAGAUAGUAAAAGACAGGGUUCGUGACCUUCUUUAUUCGCAGGAUCAUCAGACCGAGCCAGAUCAGAGCCCUUGUCUUGAUGUUAUGUCCCAACAAAAUCACAACUUUCCGGGGUCUUCUUCUGGCUUCUUCUUCCCAAACGAGUUAUCUGAUCCAUGGAUGAAUUUUAGUCCGCACGAUCUUGAUCAACAACAAUCAUUCACGAAUCUUCUCAUGAGUGGUGAUCAUGUGUCAGCAAGUAGCGAUCAAUACCUCCUGGGCCCUGCUUCUUGCGCAACUGAUGCGUCCAACCACGAGAGCAAAUUCUCAGUCUUUCUGUUUAACCAUGAAACGGCUACUUUCACUCAACUUCCCAACUCUGCUUCUUCAAGCUUCGACCAAGGGUUGAUUGGCACUUACUGAUACAAAUAUCCAAAGCCACAUCUCUCAUCUGCUUCAUGAUAUGGUUAUACUCAAAUGUGUAUUCGUUUUUUAUUUCCACU